UACCAGGUGUUCUCAUUCGAUUUCAUCCAAAAAAAAUUGUAAAUUCAUCGAAAAACACUACAGCGUCUUACUACUUUCUGUUAGUUCCCUCUUAGUCAUUGUACUUGACGGAUGCGAGAUGUGCAAGACUACGAUUGUUAUAUUACUUUUAUCCAUUGGUCUAUAUUAUUUUAUAUUCCAAAGAUCAAAACUCGUGAAGCCAGAUUUGCCAGAAACAUUUUGGGGACAGGAAAAGAAUAAAGGGGCAUCGAAGGAAAUUCGACCAUUCAAGAUCGACGUAUCGAAAUCGAUCAUCGAUGAUUUAAAUACACGUUUAGAAAAUCCAAGAUUGAACGUAGAACCAUUAGAAGGGGUUGGUUGGACAUAUGGUAUUUCAGCUCCUUAUUUAAAAAAAAUCAUUGAAUAUUGGCGUAAUGAAUAUAACUGGACCGAGAGACAAUCACUUCUCAACAAAUAUCCACAAUUCGUAACAAACAUCCAAGGUCUUGACAUCCAUUUUUAUCACGUUAAACCAUCGAAUCUUCCAAAAGAUAGAAAAGUCAAAGUUCUACCAUUACUUUUGGUCCAUGGUUGGCCCGGCUCGGUCGUCGAAUUUCAAAAGAUCAUUCCAUUGUUAACAAAACCCAGGCCAGACAGAGAUUUUGUUUUUGAACUUGUUGUCCCAUCUUUACCCGGUUAUGGUUUCAGCGAUGGUGCUGUUCGUCCUGGAUUGGCGCCUGCUCAUAUGGGUACUAUUUUUAAAAAUCUCAUGACAAGAUUAGGCUUUGAAAAAUAUUACGUUCAAGGAGGUGACUGGGGCGCUGUUAUAACAUCUUCAAUGGCUGCUCUUUAUCCAGAAAAAAUCAUUGGACUGCACUCGAACAUGUGUUUUCAUAUAAAUCCAUUAAACUUUUGGAAUAUUCUUGGAGCAUUCUUUCCUUCUCUUGUUGUUGACAAACAAUACGAACAUAAAAUUUAUCCAUUAACAAAUUAUUUUUAUCGACUGAUAGAGGAAACUGGAUAUUUGCAUUUACAAGCUACCAAGCCAGACACAAUCGGUUUGGCAUUGACAAAUUCACCAGUAUCAUUGGCAGGAUAUAUACUCGAGAAAUUUAGUAUGGGGUCAAAUCCCGACUACAGAACUAGAAACGACGGUGAUCUACUUGAAAAAUUUACUUUGAAUGAACUUUUGGAUAAUCUCAUGAUAUACUGGGUGACCGAUUCUUUCACAACUAGUGCGCGUCUUUAUGCUGAACAAUUUACACGGAAAUAUUGGGAUUUAAAAAUCCAUGAAAUACCGAUCAACGUACCAUCAGCAUGUGCCGUAUUUCCUCAAGAAUUUUUCUACUUUUCGGAGAAAGUUCUUCGUACGAGAUAUUUGAAUUUGAUUCAAUUCAAUUAUAUGCCUAAAGGUGGUCAUUUCGCAGCAAUGGAAGAAUCGAUCAUAUUUGCAGAUGACAUAUUCGAAUUCGUUGGCAAAAUUGUGGAAUUAUCCAAUAAACGAAAAUAAAAUAAGA